CUGCCUGUUUGCCGUUUGCCUUUCUGUUUUUCUGUUUUCUGUUUUCUGCCCAGCGGACCAAAGAGAAGCCGAGCGGAUCGCUUUGGAUCGCAGAGCAAUAAAAAUAAAAGCAGAGCAAUCGACACUGGGGGAGGGGGUGGAAAAAGUUUGGCGCGCUUUGGCGCUCGUUUGCAUACAUGUUCGUAAUAGAGUGAUUGUCCAAAAUGGUGUCUUCGAGGUACAUCCUACUAUUCCUGGCCCUAAACUAUCUUCUGGAUGACACUGCUGCUGUGACCUGCGAUGUGGCUCCCACAGAUGCCGCCUGCAUAAACUGUCGUGUAUAUCCCACCCAUAUCGAGUGUUUGCAGAGGCUUUGGUCGGCAACCACAACUGCAGCUCCUCCAACGACGUCCACCACCAGGAGAUCCCGAAUUGGCAAAAUCCGCAAUUUCUUUAGCAACUUCUUCACGCGAGUUAGAAGUAAAAGUUGGUUCUAAAAAAUCAGCAAAUGUAAAGAUUUUAAAUAAAAGAU